AUGGCAGCGUUGGUCCAGACGAUUCCUCAACAGAACGGUACUGUGACGCUCCUCCAAACCCGUCCAGCAUCGUCAUCAACUAGCCAGAACUACAUCUCCGCUCCAUCGAUCACGCAACCACACGUCGGCCGUGGACACAGCAUGUCGUUGAGCUCCUAUAAUGGCGUGACCAACCCCGCCUCCAGCAGGAACUCGGUGGCUCCUUACGCCUUUACGAGCACUCCAGGCCUGCUGGCUGCGAAUGGGAAUUCUAACCAGCAACGCCAUAUGGCCUGGUCUCCCCAGGUCCGACCAGAUAGUCACCACUCAUCCACGUCUCUCUCACAGAAUAACACUCCCAAUCACUCAUCCCAUUUCGCAGCUGGCUCUGUAUCGUCGUCUUCCGGAUCUUCCAAUUCUUCUGCUCGACCUUCCUACAUUUCACAAGAUGAUAGCAUUCUUUCCUCUCGACGACGGACAACGGAUAUGACUCCUCGGCCUUUGUCGACUAUCAACUUGUCCACCCAAUCGAAUCUUCUCACCUUGUCGACUUCCAUUUCCUCUACCACGCCGUCUCCCUCCUCCACUCCUUCGCCCUCGACCUCGACUCCUAGUAAGCCAUUGCCCGACCGUUAUCGACGGGUGAAACGCACCGCUACCGAAGAUAAUACGAAUCAGGCAGCUGUUCCAAUACCGAAUCGGUCGUCUUCCUAUGACCUUUCUGCAACUGCGGUCAUUCUGCCUCAGCCGUCACGGCCUACGAUCAUAACACACACUCGUACACCCAGUGCAGAUGAUACUCGGGUGGGCAAGCAGUCACAUCCUGAUGUUGCUAAACGAUAUCGGCGUCGUAGCUGGGCCAAUAUGGAUGCUUUCUCUCAGGAGUCUCCAUUGGACAGUUCUUUAUUCGCCCCAUUGCCCGAUCUCAAAUUCAAUACUCCAGAAUUAUCGCGACCAGCGUCUUCCCAUUCGGAGAGGAGCCGCCCAGUUGAGCACAGCCAGUCCGAUAUUAAGACUUCUGUCCCGAGCGUUGACUCGAAGACCUCAUCGAAUGCCUCUCAUAAUCCCUCACCUCUCUCCCACCAAGUGACAAACAGCCCUCUAGCGAAAUCUGAAUCCCCCGCUCCUUCAAAUCCUCCAUCGUCAACAUUGAAUAGUCCCGCUGCACAGCGUCUAGCCGACAUCAGCAAGGCCAGUGGUAAAAAGCCCGGCAAGUCACGCCUGCGAAGGGCAUUCUCGUUCGGCAGUGCUGCAGAACUUCGCAAGGUAUCGGUUCAGAAUUCGAUGGGUAGGCGAGAGGGCGAGCAGUCAACAAACAUUGGUGAUGAAUUGGAUCCUGAACAAGCUGCGAUUGCUGCGCAGCAAGAAGCAAAUGGGCUGGGUAACAGCAUUUAUUCCCACCAGCUGGGCUCGACAGAUAACCUUUCGAUAUCCUCGACCGCAUCUUCUGCGUCUAUUAUGCUUCGGAAAAUGGGCAGAGGAAUGAAGAAAUCCACCCGAUCACUUGUCGGUCUCUUCCGUCCGAAGUCAGUCAUCAAUGAGAGCACGGAUCCAGUGAUCAUUGAGCCCACUGCUCCUCAGCUUUCAGUGGUCAAUAUUGAAGCUGAACGCAAGAUUGUCGCGGUGAACCCUGAUCCUCGUGAGCAGAGUGGCGGUGGCACUGUGUUUCCAAAGGUCCAGCCCACGAAGGAAAAGUCCAAGACCACAGCGGUAGUGAAUGAGCGUAACCUGCAUGACUCCAACUCCCGCAAGAGUAUUGUAGGCGGGGAGCGAGAGCGUGCUGAAGUGUUGGCCGCGGUCAAGAAGGGGAUCCUGAAACGCUCUGGAAGCUCUUCUCCAGUUGGAAAACCUGUGGAGCUAGCACCCCCACAUAUUCCCGAUUCACCCAAUUCUAGCGCCCCAAGUACACCCGAAGAGCACUCUCACCGAGUUGGUCACCGACGAACGGAUACAGUGAAGAUUGAAGGCGAAGACUAUUUCAUGACACAGGGCAAAUAUGGCUCCGAGUCGAAGACUACUCCAAUCACACCGCAUCCAGCGUCCAAGAGCAUUGUUUUUAGCCCGCGCAUCCAAUUUUACGAGACUUGGCCCAGCGUCGAAUACGACCGACGUGGUGAUACAGCAACGUGCAACAAGUUGACUCCUCUUUUGGCUCAACAGAUCAAGGAGGAGUUGAAUACCUUCAAAAUGGAGAUGGAAGUUCAUGAAACCUCGAAGAUCUACACGCAUUUCCUCUAA